AGAAAUAAAAUUUUGAGACUUGACAGUAAUAAACAGAGAAUGCAGCAACACUCAUCCUCAUCAUUAUCGCAAACAAGCUUUCAUGCUGUCAAAAAAUCUCUAAACAUAAUACAUCGAACUGUAAUUCCAGAUGAUUUGAUGAGAACAAAACUUGUCAGUUAUGUAACAAAGAUCAGAUCUGGAAGUAAUUUCGAUAUUUCUUUACUAAAUUGUACAUUUGAAUUAAAUGCAUUGGAUACGAUUCAGCCAUUAAUUGACAGUGGAAUAGUUGGGGCGAUUUUUGAUUGUUAUGAUUCAUUUACGGAUCAGCAAAAGAGCAGGAUUUUGCCAAUAAUAUCAACAAUAUCCUCAACAGCUUACAAGAAUGUGAUUGUGUCAAAAAGUUUGGAAGAUCUAAUGAGGAUUUUAAAGCUUGCCUACAAUGAGUCAACAAUGAAGAAGGUUUUGGACACAAUCAAAGAAUAUUUAGAACUUGAUGAAGCUAUAACUGAAAAGAUUCUCAAACUUGGUGGAUUAGAAAUAAUCCUUGAAGCAUGCAGUUCAAUAAAUUCAGACAUCCUCUAUCUAUGCUCAAAAAUGAUCCUUUACAUUGUUUUAUUUGGUGGAAAGAGCUCAGUUCAAAUGUUAAUGAAAAGUAACUUGAAUGCUUGGAUACUUCCAUUAGUCCACAUCUAUGAAGACAAUCGAAUCCGAUACUUUGCAUUCUUCAGUCUUGUCUACAUCAGAAGCAUCCAUAAAAUUCAUCAUGAUUUCUUCGAGUAUGGAUUAAUGGACAACAAUGUUCAUUGGCUGUCUGAAAAUGAAAUUCAUCUUCGCAGUUCUGCAUCAUUCGAAUGUAAAGACACUGCUAAUUUAUAUCACAAACUUUUAUCUAUGCUGACAAGUAAAAACAGAAUGGCACAGACUUUUGGAACUUUUCAGAUCUGCUGCGAACUUUCAUCCAAUUUUGAUGCAUUCUCAGUUUAUCAUGACACAAGUGCAGUUCGAGCACUUCGACGAAUUGCUGUCUACUCAAAUAUUAUUACUUCCAGGUUCGCAAUUAAUGCAUUGAUAAUUUUGACAAACAUGUCAGAUAAUCGAGUCCAAAGAUUUCCUCCAAAAAGUAUUUCCGAAUGGAAUCAAGAAGAUGUCCAAAAGUGGCUGAAGAUUUUUGGAUUCCAAGAUUAUUGUCUUUUCUUUCUUGGAAUCGAUGGAGAAGCUUUGAUGAGGCUUAGUGAAAAUGAUCUUAAGAAUCAUUACUUUAUGGUUGAUUCCUGCAAAAGGAAAAUGUUUCUCGAAGAAAGAUCAAUUUUAGGAGGCGAAUCAAGCCUGAAAAUGAUCAAAAGUUUGCAAGAGGAAUCGACAUUAUACCAAAGUGAGCAGUUAAUAAGCAACGGCCUUUCCAUAACAUUCGAUCAAAGAUCUUUCGUGAUUGACUCACCAUUUAGGGUUGUAAAGAAGAAAUAUGAUGUUUUUAUCAGUUAUCGUCGACAAGGCGGUUCCGAUCUCGCUAGUUUGAUCUUUAUUUAUCUAAAAGGCAAGAAGCAUCGUGUCUUUUUUGAUGUACAAACAUUAAGAGCUGGAAAGUUUGCUGAUAAAUUAAAGAACUCAAUUCAACAAUCAAAAAAUUUCAUUCUUCUUCUCACGAAUGAUGCGUUGAAUAGAUGUAAAGAUGAGGGAGAUUGGAUAGCAAUUGAGAUUGAAAUGGCAUUGAAGUCGAAUUGUAACAUAAUUCCUAUCACAAGAGAUUUUGAUAAUAGUGCAUUUGAUGAUAAUAAUCUUCCGGAUAAUAUCAAGCAGAUUAAGGAAUUUAAUCAGAUUCAUUGGCACCAUGACACGCAGAAUUCUUGCCUCAAAAGAAUUUCCGAAUAUAUGGAGAAUAGAGACGAUCCAGCAUGUUUCUGGAAUUGGCGCAACAUGAGGAAGAGGAUCAGUCACGAACAGUCAUAAAAAAAGCUCAAGUAUUAUUAAACUAGUUAUAAGGUUGCAUUCACCUAUUAUUAUGUCAAUUGUUCGAGUGAUAACAAUUCAAAUCAAAAC